UUUGAUAGGUGCAUAUCCAACGUAUAUAAAUGUUUAUAGUUUGACUCGGCGUGGCUCAUUUUAAAGCGGACACGUUGUAAAGGAACAUCUCUUCCUCCGUGCUAAGACGAUGAUCCCAAAGUUUGUUAGCAUUGUUGUUUUGUUCGCCAUUAUAUCAGGUUGUUGCGCACAGCAUGGCUGGGUUCCGAUUACAAUAAACACGUAUACAUCACGUCGUAUAAUGGACGGUGCUGCCGAUUACAUAGGUCUCAGGCUAGUUCGGGAAUUGUAUGCUUACAAAAAGAUGCAUGGACCCAUGUACAUAGUAACGUUUGAAGGAAGAAGACCUUUUGGCAUGACACACACGUGUACAGCGCGGGUGCAUGAGUAUGUUAUAUUCCAAACAGAUGUGUUGUGGAAUAAUUGCUGGCCACCAGUUUAUUCAAGAUAUUGAACAAACGUAAUAAAACCGACUUUGUGUCAUUUACAAAUGCUCGUAACAUUAUCAUUUUAUUUCUUAUACAUUCACCCUUUGUCCAUUCAAUAGGUUAUUCGAUUGUUCAAAUUUGUUCUGGCCAUUUUUCAACUAUACGCUCCAUUUAACCAUUACAUUUCUUUAAAUGUGUUUUGCUUUACAUGAAAGUGUCUAUUUAAUUUUAAGAAAUAAUGCUUGACUCGUCUCGUUAAGAACACGGGGCAGUUGAGCUGAUAUACUGAUCUUUUAAUUGAUAUGGAUCAACACAUCUAUCGUUCCUAGUAAAUAAAAUGAAUAUUUCUUCACAAGUUGUUUUGCUCAAUGACUAAUAGGUUGAUUUUAUCACUAAUACAGCUCAUGAUUUUGCCUGUCUAAAGCACCAGUAUGUAAUUAUUGACAGCUGUCAAAAUAUGUAAUGCACCGAUAUGUGACCGUUUUUAAUACAUCAUUCCAUUGCGCACGUGACCUUGAGAAUCUCAUUAUAAAAUCAUUCGUAUACUGAUUAAUGUACCUAUAAGUGUAUUCUUUAAAUAAAUGUUCUGUUCUGUUC